AUGGAGGAGGAAAGCUAUCAGAUGGAGGAGGAAGGCUAUCAGAUGGAGGAGGAAGGCUAUCAGAUGGAGGAGGAAGGCUAUCGGAUGGAGGAGGAAGGCUAUCGGAUGGAGGAGGAAGGCUAUCGGAUGGAGGAGGAAGGCUAUCGGAUGGAGGAGGACAGCAUUCGGUGUCUGCACUCUGAGGUGAAGCCCACCGAGAUCUACAACCUCGGAGCCCAGAGCCACGUCAAGAUCUCGUUUGACCUGGCGGAGUACACGGCUGAUGUGGAUGGUGUGGGCACCUUGCGUCUCCUGGACGCGGUGAAGACCUGUGGCCUUAUCAACUCGGUGCGGUUCUACCAAGCCUCGACGAGCGAGCUCUACGGGAAGGUGCAGGAGAUACCUCAGAAGGAGACCACGCCUUUCUACCCGCGCUCUCCUUAUGGGGCAGCGAAGCUCUAUGCCUACUGGAUUGUGGUGAAUUUCCGGGAGGCGUACAGCCUGUUUGCAGUGAACGGCAUCCUCUUCAACCACGAGAGCCCCCGGAGAGGAGCUAAUUUUGUUACUCGGAAAAUUAGCCGCUCAGUAGCUAAGAUUCACCUUGGACAACUGGAAUGUUUCAGUCUGGGAAAUCUGGAUGCCAAACGAGAUUGGGGCCAUGCCAAGGACUAUGUGGAGGCCAUGUGGCUCAUGCUGCAGAAGGACGUGCCUGAGGACUUCGUCAUCGCCACGGGGGAGGUCCACAGCGUGCGGGAGUUCGUGGAGAAGUCGUUUCUGCACAUCGGGAAGACCAUUGUGUGGGAAGGAAAGAAUGAAAACGAAGUGGGCAGAUGUAAGGAGACUGGCAAAAUUCACGUGACUGUGGAUCUCAAGUACUACCGGCCCACCGAAGUGGACUUUCUACAGGGAGACUGCUCCAAAGCCAGGCAGAAGCUCGGCUGGAAGCCCCGGGUCGCCUUUGAUGAGCUGGUGCGGGAGAUGGUGGAGGCCGACGUGGAGCUCAUGAGGACCAACCCCAACGCCUGAGCGCCCGGCGGGGCUCAGGCCGGCCGAGGUUUGCGGCAGCCGGGAAGGGCCCAGCCAAUUCCUUUUCCUCUGAUCGGUUUUGGAAUCACGAUGUUUUAAUCACAUGUUCGCUUCACUUGAAAUUAUAUCCCAGACAACUGAGAUUGUGGGGCUUUCAAAUGGUUUUUCUCUUUUCUUAUUAAAAAGAGCCUUUCUCUUAAUUAGCAUUAACACAGUCCCUGUGGAUACUGUCUCCAAGUUAUAAAAGCAGCAACUGUAAGGACCCCAAACAAAAAGUCACCCAAAUCCAUGCCUUGGAGUAGUAAUCUAGCUUUCUUCCGAGAGAGAUCCCCAGCCUGAGCCCGCCCGGCCGCACGCCCUCCUGAGUCCAAGCGGCGACAUUGCCUUCCCCUCCUGGUGACAAUAAGCCACUCUGUGCAGCGGAUCUGGAAACCCAGGUCCUGCAGAAAGGCGGCAUUCAAGGCAGCGCUGGUCUACGACUAUAAUUGGAACCCACAGGGCUCCCACCAUCUCAAAAGAAGGCUUGAGAAACAGGGAGGGUUAGAAGAAGAAACUUGAAGGAAGGUAAAUAUUGCUGGAACAUUCCAUGCCAGGCCCCUGGCUGACCCAGAGGUCUCUGAGCCCACGCCUUUGCUUGUGGUCUAGAGUCUCACACACACUACUUAUUUCCAACCUCCUCUCAGUACUAGAUCACUUUUUAAAUCUAAUUUUUAUUUAGUUAUUCAACCAGUUUAUAUUUAGUGCCUAAUGUAUGCCAGACACCAUGCAUGUGAACCAUGCGAGGUUAAUUAGAAAUCCGGCUUCGCUGAGAGCAUCAUUUAGCGGCCUGGCUCCCACCGCCUGUGCUCCUGAGACGUGAGCAGCGUGUCUGCACAGUGUUAGGCAGGUGGACACACACGUGUGGAAUCCACCCACACCAAGCAAGAGGUCGUGUACAGGUGGAGCCUUUGCCUGAGAGGCUGUAUUUUGCCCCAGAACAAAUUAGGUCAGGACUCCCCUCCCCCUCACUCCCCCUCCAAGGAAAAUAAAAUAAAACUUUACAGCAAAUGGAA